AAAAUCAAGUACUAAAAAAAGAAAAUAUAUCAAUUAAAAAAGAGUUAGAAACCUUCAAGAAUCCUGGUAUUUCUUUCUUAAAAUUGAUGCUCAAUAACAAAUCUUGGAAAAAAAUAAAAAAAGUAGAAGAGUUGGCAAAUAAAAAGGCUGAGAAUAUGAAAAUAAAAAAAGAAACUGCUACUUUAAAAUGGACCAAUUAUGAACUAAAAAAGGCAUGA